GUUUGCUGGGAAGGGGAUUGUCCAGGGGACACCAGGGGAGUAUUCUACCGUCUUCACCUGCCUGCAAAGGAGCUAUUUUCCCCUCUGGGGAUUCUAAUAAAGCAGCUUCCUUCAACAUAGCAAAAACCUGCGGCAAGUCAAACCAUGAGCAGAAACUACAACGUCACUCUCCGUGGCCCCGCCCCCUGGGGCUUUCGGCUACAAGGCGGAAAAGACUUCAACCUGCCUCUCACCAUCUCCAGGCUGAAUGACGGCGGUAAAGCGGUUAAAGGCGGCAUCGCUAUCGGAGACACGGUUCUGUCCAUCGACGGCAUUGCCACUGAGGGGAUGAACCACCUGGAGGCCCAGAACAAGAUCAAGAACUGCACAGGCAACCUCAGCCUCACCUUACAGAAAGUUGCCAGUACCUCCAAGCCCCCUCCAGUGGCACCAAAGGUGAACAGGUGUGACAUCAUAAAACCCGUGCCCAUGACACAUCCCCCUUCCCCACCCAACAAGACUCCAAAACCCUACGGGGGCUGCGGGUCGGAACCUUCCUCGCGGCCCUCCUCGGCCGCCUUCAUUCCGUCCCCGUCGUUCGCCUUCACCCCCGCCGCCUCACACCCUCAUCCCGCUUCCUCAUUCCCUGUGGGCCCGCCGCAGUCGUCGGUGUACAACACGCCCAUCCACCUCUACUCCACCGAGAACGCCUGUGAGGUGGCCAUGGGGCAAAGGCGAGGCCUAUUUGAGAGUCAGGGUGGACAAGCCUUUAAUGGGCCUCCCCGAAGACAUAUCGUGGACACGGACAUCAAGUUCUACCACGUGCCCACCCACGCUGACGCCAGCCGGAAGCGCAUCAUGGAGGACACGGAGGACUGGCGCCCGCGCACUGGGACCACCCAGUCCAGAUCUUUCAGGAUUCUGGCUCAGAUUACGGGCACCGAGAACGAAGAGGAAGCAGACACAGCCAAGAAGACAAAGUAAUCCAACGAUGACGUAGACGCUUGUCAGCACUCCAUGCACGUGUCCGCUACUAUCAAGACAAUGAUCAAAUCGCCCACAACAACUCAAGGUGUCAGUUCACAGUGUGGUUUAAUCACACCUUCCUUUGGCAUGAAGUCCAAUGGCAGCACGCCCAGUUGUCCUGCUCCUGCACGCCCUGUGCCUCGGGCCCACCCGAAAGACGAGGACUCACUGGUGCAAAUGGCGGAGCACUACCCUGCCGGGACUCGCACUCCCAUGUGUGGCCACUGCAAGAAGGUCAUCCGGGGACCAUUUUUGGUAGCAAUGGGCAAAUCGUGGCAUAAUGAAGAAUUCAAUUGCAUCCACUGCCACACAUCCCUAGCCGACAUCGGCUUUGUGGAAGAGCAAGGCUGUGUUUACUGCGAACAUUGCUACGAAGACUUCUUUGCACCGACGUGUAGCCGCUGCCAGUCCAAGAUACUUGGGGAAGUGAUUAAUGCCCUGAAGCAGACGUGGCACAUCUACUGCUUCCUGUGCGCCUCCUGUCAGCAGCCCAUCCGAAAUAACACCUUCCACCUGGAGGAUGGGGAACCUUACUGCGAGCAAGACUUCUACAGUUUGUUCAGCACAGGUUGCCAUGGCUGCGAGUUUCCCAUUGAAGCGGGAGACAAGUUCCUGGAGGCACUGGGCUACACGUGGCACGACACCUGCUUUGUGUGCGCCGUAUGCUCCACCAGCCUGGAGGGCCAGACUUUCUUCUCCAAGAAAGACAAACCUCUUUGCAAGAAACAUGCACAAACGCUAAAAAUAUAA